UUCUUUUUGUGGGCGGUAACCUGAUUCCCAAGGCAACUGUUGCCACUGCAAAACACUCACAGGCACAGGCAUUUUUCUGUUUAAUCUGUAACUAGUACCAGUACAUACAUUUUCCAUAUUCAUAUUUAGAGUUGUGUAAUGAUUUACCUAUAACAGAAUUGCAACUUUAAGAAGAUAAUUCAAUAGUGCAGGAUUUGGCACCUUGGAAAGUUUCAUUCAAAGUCUGCAUUUCUCUGGUGGGUGAACAGAAGAACUUAAACUACAAAAUGAAACUACGUAAGAAAACAGCUUUAUUUUUUCCAUUUGUUUUCCAUUUUAGUGUUACCGGUAAACAUAUUAAAUCUGCUGUGAUUCUGUUCAUCUCAAUCUUCGUUACCACAGCAGCCAUCUCUAUCGCUUCCACACCAGUGUGUAUUCCUCAAGACACAACUCCUGUCCGGCAGAGUCGCUGCCUGGUGGUCACUCCCAUGACCUUUCCCAUCAUCUCAGACUCUGCCCGGCUUUGGACGAGCACUCAGAGUAUUCCGAGACUGAACCCUUUACAUCCACCUUUGGUCCAUAAACGCACCGUCAGUCUGGAGACGCCAGCUGUACACCACCACAACCACCAGAGGACGCUCAUCCUGCAGAGGAGAGAGCAUUACAGGUAUCACCAAGUGUGGCGAAAACCCUUUUAUGGAACCAGCAGUGAGAGAGAAGAGUACAGGAAGGAGUUGCGAGAGCAGUUAAAGAAGCAGAUGGAGGAGAAAUGCGUAGCACUGAAGCUGCAGCUGGCCAGUAAAGUGAAGGAAGCAGAGCAUAUUCGAGAAGUGGACCACCUUGCACUGUCCAGUGACAGAGAGCAAAGAAUCCAGCACAGCAAAGCAAUGACGGCUUACAGAGAUGAGAACAAGAGGCUAAUGGAGCAGAGCUGGAGGGACAGAGCACUAACACGCUCCCAGGAGGCCCUGAAGGAGAGAAGGCUGCUGUGCCUCAACCCCAUUAACUGGAGUGGAACACUGAAAUAGGUUGAACCUCAACAUCCAGAGUAAAAACUUCAGACCUCAGGCCUCACCGAAGCACUUGGGCAUGUGAGUGUCAGAUUAAAAUGGAAUACAACAUGUAUAGUACAUGUAAUUAGUGCUGGAUUUUCUAAACUGAGAUGAGCCAAAUGAAGCUGUCCAGUAUUUUUCUGUAUGAAUAAAAAUGUUGGUUAUUUUUCAAUUUUACUUUAUAAACAUUAUUUUCUGUUGUGGGUUCCAAUACAGUACUUGGCAUUGCAACCUUCAACCUGCUACCUAAAUUACCCACAAAGUUAGUGCAAAUGCUUGUAAUGUCUAAUGAACCUCAAGCGGAGAUGAGGGUUGGGCCUCAGAGGUCUGGGAAUCUCACUUGUUUCUAACUCGACACCCCCAGUUUUUUGUUUUUUUUCAUUUUCAAACUUUAGGUCUUCAUACUUAUUUUCAUCAUCAUUAAAUCAGAUUUCACACAGCUCCAUCUGGAGCCACAAAAGGCUUUAUAUGACUUUUCACAUUUAUAUUAGUAAAGCAAGACCUGCAAACAAACUUCCCCUUUAAGAACGAUUGACUUCCUUCCAGCAAGUCUUAGUUAGAUACAACAGGAAGUAAAAAAAAAUCUUUUACUUACCUUUUCCCCCUCAUUCUGUUUAUGUAAAGAGCAGAGGAGGCCUGAUGAAAUGAAAUUAAAAUUUUGAAUACAAAAAACAUGAGAUGUGACAAACUUUUUAUUGUAAA